AUUUUACUCAUUCUAGGUGCUGUGGUUAGUAUGGUACUACUAUCCACAGUGUACAAAGCUAAUGCUCUCAAUGCAUGGCAAGCAGCCAUGCUCAAUCCGAACGUUCUCCAGAUGUUGAUGAACGGUGGUUUUGACACGCGGCAGCCGGCGCGAAUAUUCCUUCCUCCCAAGUUCUAUUCCUCGAUUCUGUACGACAGUGGCCACCGCAGCCCGGAAGAAAUAUUCCGCACUAAUGUGGAGCUCAUGAUGGAAGCCGUUUACGAUGACAGUCUCCUACUCAAGCAAAGCCCAUCAACAGCAUCAUUAUCACAAGCCGACCUGACAUCCUUAGUGGCACCAUCAGGAGCAACGUUCAAUCGACCCAACUCAAUUUCGUAUUCCGAUGGCAGCACAGGAAAUCGCAAUAAAGGAAGCGGAGCAUUGGAGAAAAAUACUGUAACAAAUUUCAAAUCGUCCUCGGCAUCAACUCCGGGGAAGACGAUGCCUUCGCCAAUCGUUUCAUAUCAGAUCCAGAGCGGCGUGCCACAAAUUGGCAGUAGAAUCCCUACUGGUGGGAAAAGACAGAACUUCGACAGCACGAGGGAUCCAGCUCAGAAGGUUGGUUUGGGUUACAAUCUGCGCUCGGCGCUUCCUGGGGAACCAGAUGUUGACUAUCCAAUUCUUGGACGCAUUCCGGAUACCAGUUUCAAGUGCCAUGGGCGACGUGAUG